UUGAGCAACAGCAGUCUCAACAGGUGGUAAAUCAUUAGUAAGCUUGUAGCAUGUGAGUUUUUAUACCAUAUGCAAUUUUAUGUUGGAUAUAUUGAUACUAAACUAUAUUCAUGGCUGGUAUUUUCACUGAUGAUUAAUCUAGAGUGACAUAUAUAGGUGCUACAGGGCUAGGGUUCACAGACAGACAGACUGUGGCCUAGAUUACCUAUCUAUGACCUGAUAUGUAUAUGAGCUGAUCUCACCAUAGAAUUUGUGGUGGGUAAUUUAAAUACCUGAACAUGAAGACGUGCAUGCCCCGUUACUAACGGGUCAUGCACGUCCAAGGUGGCAGUCUGUGCGUUGACCCCGUACAGGCUGAGUUAAUGACUGAGGCAAACAUGAUAAAGGUCAUUCACCCCUGUGACUUCUGUAUUUCACGGCAGCUCAGUUUAACUAGCCUUAUCGCCGCCACGUGGAGGGAGCCUUGAUCACACGGCUCGGGAAGUCCACGGUCACUGCUUUUUUUUUCUUGUUUUUUUUUUUCUUCUCGUAUGAAAGGGCUUAAAGAAGGAGGGUCAAGGCUGAGCUUGUCGAGAGCAGGUGACAUCCUGAUAAAUAGGGCCGUCUGAGCACUAUGUGACAGUAGUCAUGCUUUUUCUGGAGCUUACUUUUUGAGAGCAUUUUCUGCGGAUACGUCUUCCUUUAUAAUGUUUCCUCUGGAAGAGAUUACACAUACCACUUGCACGGGUUACCAGGAUCAGCAUCCUCACACUAUCCUUUACAACAUCUUGAGCGGGAAGGAGAGCGGCUACCUCAACACCAAACUGAACCAUCACGCCACAGCGCACAACUGCCACUGUGAACAGAGGAGGACGGUGUGCCUCAAGUACCCGAAGGCCACCUGCCAAGUUGCCUCCAGCGUUCUGGUCAAAACCAUCUGCUUUGUGAGAAGUCUACCAUCCUUCAGUCAGCUUCCAUCAGGAGAUCAGUCACUGUUGUUAAGACACUGCUGGGUUCCUUUAUUUCUUCUGGGACUUGCUCAAGAAAAGAUAGUCUUUGAGGUGACUGAUGAACCAAAUUCAAGUAUCCUUAGACAGAUCUUGCUCGGACCACAGCUCACUGAAAGGAAGGCUGACCGACCAACACUCGCUGGAGUCCACAAACUGAGGACUUGCUUGCAUCACAUCUGGGAUCUGGACCUCAGUCCGAAGGAAUAUGCAUACCUGAAGGGUGCUUUGUUGUUUAACCCAGCUGUUCAUGGACUGAGUGCCUUGUUGCUCAUUGAAGGCCUCCAACAGGAAGCUCAGAAAGCUCUCCAAGAGAUCAUCCAUGGCCGGCACCCAGAAGACACUGUUUUCUUCGGCCACGUCCUCCUAGCAGCCUCCACCAUUCAGACUGUCAGCCACAGCCUGGUCACAGAGCUCUUCUUCAAGCCUGUUAUUGGCAACACAAAUAUGUUACAUUUAUUAACAGACAUGCUGUUUGUGCAAUAAGAUCCCAGGGAUAAAGCUUCAGCUCUAUGAAGUCAUGGUUUUAUUAAUUGUUUAAUGUCUGUGAAAGCAUAAAAAUCAACAUGUUGAUCCUAUUGGAGGAGCAUUGCCUGAUCUUUGAAGAAAAAAAAACUUUGACUCCCUCAUGUGGCCAUAUGUGGCAAACAAAAAGCAAACAAACUCUUGUUUUGUUUCACUUCAUUUAUUUUAUUUUAUUGUUUUUAUAAUGACACACACACAUUUGCUGAUAAUAUAAAAGUACCAUACCUCGGUGAAAGACCCAAGCAAUAUACCUUCAAAUUUGACAAAAUCUAGCAUGCUAAUGAAAAGAAAAUGCUAUGCUUUAGCAGACAAUUCAACCAGUUUAGUGAAAUAGGACGUAUAUUACGAUAGGUACAGUUAACAUGACACAGACAUAUUAGUCACUUUCUAAAUAGUCGAGCUGGUUUUCCAACCAGAGCAACCAGUUUCACGCCACCAUGGUGUUGCAACCGAAUUCUUGACACUGUUAUUUAAGAUAUCCAUAUUACCUCUUGUCGCAAACAUUUAUUCUUUGCACUUAGAAUUAAAAUAGGGCACACGAGGACAGAUGUAAUCUAGACCGCUAAACCACACUUUUACAAUAUACCCAUGUGCAUUAACUGAAGGCAUUACAAUAGGGCCCAUGACCAACAGUAACCAUAAUCUAACGCUGAUAAUGAAAACACGGAGCUGAAUACAUUCCACUGAGUCAGCUGGACAAAUUCGCAUCAGCACCCAGGAGCAAACACAGCAAAGCACGACGACAAACAUUCACUUCAUGAGUCAGUUUGGGUAUAAUGUCACUAAUAAAUUAUAGUUAUAGUACGUGAUAAAAGCUAAACUAUAAUUGCAUUUCACACACUAGCUUUCAAAACAUCAAACACCCGGUUAACUUAAAACUUAGGAGCUAUCUGCUUCAUAUGAGUUUCAUAGUAAUCUGCUUUGUGAAGAAAAGAAAUCACACUCUAUAUACAUAAACGUCAUUAAAGUCACAAUAGAAAAAAACCUGAAUUUUAACACACAAACACACAAAAAGAAAAAGUCCACCUACUAACUUCUUUGCUUUGUUUCUAUGGUUAGAAUCAUUGACUGUAUAUAAAGAUGGACAACGUGACAGUGAAGCCAAAACAUUCAGAUUUAGGUAGUUCUUAUUAUGAUAUGUCUGGUUUUAAUUGGUUAUGUGAUGCUAUAAAAAAAGGGGACUUUCACGACUUGACUGACAGCUGAGCCUUGCUUGCGUUCGAGUCGGCAGGAUUCAUGGGCGGGACCGUGAUACUGCCGUGACAACCCCGAUCACCACUGCGCAGACUCUGGCUCCAAAAUGACAUCACUGAUGCAAAAUGGCACUUCCGAUAGUUUGGGAGGAAGUGUAGAGACGUCGUCCAUCUUUAUAUGUGCCCAUGGUCAGAAUGUGGAAAAUUAUUCUCACAUCUGUAUGGUAAAUGUUUUACCAUACAAGCUACUGCAAGCAGCUAGUCAGCUUAGCUUAGCAUAGAGACUGGAAAGAGUGGGAAACACUUAGCUUAUCCGCACAUUUGACGCUCACAGAAAUACAACAAAUUGUGGCCCAGAUACAGGCCAGUGCGUAACUUGCAGUAAAGCAACAACUUGUCGUUUCACACUUUGUUUUUGUACAAACUAAAUAAAACAUGAAUCGGCCUUUAAAGGUGUUGCUAGGCAGGUUUUGUAACCUUCGGACAGAACCAGUCUAUAUGCUAAGCUAAGUCAACUGGAUGUAGAGUCUAACUCUCCGCAAGAAAGCAAACAAGCCUGUUUCCCAAAAUUCACCCCCAGACACGCAAAAAUACUCCACCCAAUACUACAAUUACAGCAUUGUAUAAAACCUCCUUUUUCUUCCUGCUAAAUAUUGUUACUUCAUCCUUUUACACUUCUACCACUUUUAGGUACAAACAACGAAAUCUAUUAGAACAUAAUUUCCUCUCAUUAAUCUAAAAUCAUUCAUGUACAUACGUCAUAUAUAACCUCUGAAUUAAACUGAAUACACACACAUUCGUUUAAA